AUCCUUUCUGUUGGCCUGCGAGGGAAGAUGGACACAUUAAAUAAGCUAAAACAAUUUGAUGCUUAUCCGAAAACCCUUGAAGAUUUUAGGAUCAAGACAUGCGGUGGUGCCACAAUUACUAUUAUCAGUGGUCUGAUAAUGCUCAUUUUGUUCUUCUCGGAGCUGCAGUAUUACCUCACGAAGGAGGUUCAUCCUGAACUGUUUGUGGAUACAUCAAGAGGAGACAAGUUAAAAAUUAACAUUGAUAUCGUGUUUCCUCACAUGCCAUGUGCCUAUCUCAGUAUUGAUGCUAUGGAUGUGGCAGGAGAGCAGCAGCUGGACGUAGAGCACAACCUGUUCAAACAGAGACUGGACAAGGAGGGCAAACCUGUCACUGCAGAGGCUGAGAAACAUGCGCCAAUUUCCCCUGCAGAGCUGGGAAAGGAGGAGGGCGAAGUUUUUGACCCCAGUAAACUGGACCCAGACCGCUGUGAGAGCUGCUAUGGUGCAGAGACUGACGAUCUAAAGUGUUGUAACACGUGUGACGACGUCCGUGAGGCAUACAGACGAAGAGGCUGGGCCUUUAAAACCCCAGACACAAUUGAGCAGUGUAAGAGAGAAGGCUUCAGCCAGAAGAUGCAGGAGCAGAAGAACGAAGGAUGUCAGGUGUAUGGCUUCCUGGAGGUCAACAAGGUGGCCGGAAAUUUCCACUUUGCUCCUGGGAAGAGUUUCCAGCAGUCUCACGUCCAUGUGCACGCUGUGGAAAUUCACGACCUACAGAGUUUUGGACUGGACAAUAUCAAUAUGACUCACACAAUAAAGCACCUGUCAUUUGGGAGGGAUUACCCUGGGAUAGUCAACCCUCUGGAUGGGACCGACGUAGCCGCCCCUCAGGCCUCCAUGAUGUAUCAAUACUUUGUGAAAAUAGUGCCAACCAUUUAUGUUAAAGGAGACGGAGAGGUGGUAAAAACAAACCAGUUCUCUGUGACACGGCAUGAAAAAGUGGCAAAUGGGUUAAUAGGAGAUCAAGGUUUACCUGGUGUGUUUGUGCUGUAUGAACUGUCUCCCAUGAUGGUCAAAUUCACAGAGAAACAUCGGUCAUUCACACAUUUUCUGACAGGGGUGUGUGCCAUUAUAGGUGGGGUAUUCACAGUCGCAGGGCUCAUUGACUCUUUAAUAUACCACUCAGCACGAGCCAUCCAGAAGAAGAUCGAACUUGGCAAAGCAUCCUAGCAAUGUCUCUGUUAUGGCAAUGAACAAUUAUAGCGUGUUACUGUUUCCAGCAAGUUCUGUCUGGAGAAGGGAAACAAUGACAAACUACCCCCCUCAACCCUAUCCCUGGUCUGUGUGCAAAAGCAUGAAAUGUCUGAUCUCAGAUAACAUGGCUCCCACCUCAACAGUUCAGUGAUACUUCAGUGCUACCCUCACUCUGGCUAAGAAACUGGAUGCUGGAUUUUGGACUUUGCCGUUGCGGGGGAGGAUCAGUAUCAACAGAAAACUCACAGACCUAUUGAACAGUUACAGUGUGGGGACACAAAAAUGUAUGAUUUCUUUUGAGAUUUCCCUUUGGUGUGUUUCAGGGAUUUUUUUUUUCUUUUUUCCAACCUGCCCUCUUGGUCCAGUCCUCGUACUAGACGAUAAUUGUCUAGUUUAAUUAUAAUCUUUGUCUUUGGCAUCUGAAAAACGGACCAGUGUGAGAUUAUGUUGACCUAGAGCGAGUAAAGCUCUAUGUGAGGAAGUCAUCCAGUCUAUGGUGCUGUUUGGUUCAAGUCCAGGCAGCCCGUCUCCUGGAACACACUGGUUCAUUCCAACCUGGAUCCAACACUCCUGACUUUCCUGAGCCAGUGUCAUUUGGCUUCCCCGUCCACAGGCCAUUCCCAAACCUUAGCAAAACGGUUCCCUCUGCAGCAGAAAACCGUUUGCUCCAUAAGGUUAACCCAGGUUAAUAAAGUUGAAUUUGAUUGGAAUGCGGUUACGAAGUGACAAUUUGAAGUGAAGUAAUGUAACUGAAUCAGGCAGCAGUGUGUCUGUUUUGCUCCAAAAGAAAGACCCUUUGUUUGUUCUGCUGCUCUCCGUGAGAAGGCAAGCUUACCUUUGUUUUGCCCUGUGAUGCUGAAGUUUUCAGUGAACCGAUUGGUUGAUGUAGCGGGUAAUCCAUGUGAAACUGGAGACAGGGCACCGUAGACUUGGCUGGAAGUGUUUGCUAUUUGAUCACAUUAACUGCACACAUUAAGGGGAAGAUGCUUUACACUGCUCUCUUCAGUCUCUUUUGUUGUAGAUAAAAUUGCACCUAACAUUGAAUCAGGGGAUGGGGUGUGUG